UCGGGCCCCUCCUCUGGAAUAUAAUGUAUGACGGAGUACUGCGACUCAAAGUACCGGGAAACGUACACAUCAUUGGGUUCGCAGACGAUAUCGCGGUUGUGGUCAUAGCAAAGCACAUACACGAUAUAGUUACGACUACCAACAGAAUAAUAACGUUAAUAAGCGAUUGGCUCGAAACUAACGGACUGACCCUAGCGGAGAGCAAGACCGAGGCUGUACUCAUUACUGGCAGAAAAGUUCGGGAAGUUGCCACGUUCAGCACAAAAGGUGUAAGCAUCACUACUCAACCCGCAAUUAAGUACUUAGGAAUCAUUCUUGAUGCAAGGAUGUCCUUUAAAGAACACGUAGCGUACACAUGCGAAAAAGCUACAAAAGUGUGCAGAGCCUUGACCCGAUUAAUGUUAAAUACCCGCGGGCCAAAGCAAAAUAGAAGACGACUAUUAGCUGGUGUAUUAAAGUCAGUCGCACUGUACGGCGCCCAGAUAUGGGGAAAUGCCCUCGAAGUAAAUCUUAUCGCCGUGGCCUCUUUUCUAUAUAUGCCACUUGCGCGCUAAGAGUUUGCUCUGCGUUUCGCACAGUAUCGGAAGAUGCUGCCCUAAUAAUCUCGGGCCUACACCCUUUAGACCUCUUGGCGAAAGAAAUGCAAUGUCUUACAAAUGACAGGUUACCGCAUAAUACACUGAAAGAAAUUGCAAGGGCAGAGACGGUGAAUCACUGGCAAAAACGCUGGCAAGAAAGUGAAAAUGGGAGGUGGACAUACCGACUGAUCCCCAACGUUGAACCAUGGUUAAACAGACCACACGGUGAGGUAGAUUUCCACUUAACUCAAAUCCUCACAGGACAUGGCUGCUUCAAAGCAUAUUUGAAACGAUUCGGACACGAAAACAACGACACAUGCGGUUAUUGCGGAGGCGAUACCGUCGAAAAUGUAGAACACACAUUUUUCUAUUGCCCGAAAUAUAACCAUGAGAGGCAACACUUAAAAAAUGCUUUCGGUGUAGACCCAACCCCUGAAAACUUGGUAAACCAAAUGGUCGAAUCAGUAGAGAAGUGGAAAGCUGCUUGCGAAGUGGCAGCCAGGGUUAUGAAAUCCCAACGUGCUAGCGAACAGCAGCGGAGAAGUGAGCGGCUAAACGAAACGAACAACCACGACCCAAACACACUAACAUUGACGUGACGGGAAGGGUUGGCGACGAACAAUGUAACAAUGUACAUGGGGGGUUAUCAGACCAACAGAGGUGGGGCCAAGUAAAUGCAACUUCCAACUGACUGCAUUUGGACCAUUACGUACAUAUGAGUGUCACUCAACCAUCCUCCCGACGUAAUACUUGACGGUGGUACCGGGGGGAACGGUACAGGACGGUAGGAGGUUUAGUUCGGAUUCAAGUUCCACACUGACCAGGGGUCCAGCGCGACAGACUGUUAUGUCAAAUAUUAAAAUACACACGUUAUUAUGGACACAGUUAUUUUGUUGUGAAGCUGCCUCAAUAACUGUGUCCCUAAGAACGUGUGUAUUCUAAUAUUUGACUGAUGUCGUUUGCAGUCUGUCGCACUCAUUGUGUUCAGCACUUGGGUGAUGAUAGAAACUCCAAGCUGGGCCGAAAAAAAUAAACGAAUGGCCGCCGAUUGUUACCGCUUCCCUUGCCGCUGUAACAGCUUUGCCAUCAAAUGUGAGUAAAUAUGUAUGCAUAUGUAUGAGCUUGCAUACAUAUCGACGCAGAUUUUUGCGAGUCACGGAAAAAUAUUUUAGACAAAUAUUAUAAAUCGACAACUCCUAUGUUGCCACUUUUGUCGCUUCUUUCUGUGAAGAAGCAUCAGAAAGAUGUUCAAUUUAUGAUUUUUAGCUUUUGCCAUCGUCGCGAAAAGACGCUUGUUGGCAAAGGCCUGCUCGGGGAGAUGUAAUGGUGUCAAUGAAGAGAGUUUGCUUGUUGAAAGUGCGCUUGCGUUCAUGAAUGAAAAUAUUGUUGUUGUGUGUUUUUCUACAAAUUUGAGCAUCGACUAUUUGGCUGCCAUAUUGACUUGUGACGUUGCUGAUGCUAUAUUAGACGAUUGUUGUUUUUGUAGAACAAUGUUUGUACUUUUUGCGGGUGACAUAUCUACAUGUGAACGCAUAUAAGUAUGUAUGUUGUGUAUGCAUUAUUUGUGAGGGAAUGCCAUACGCACAUAUUUACAUGUGUACGCAUAUAAGUAUGUAUGAUGCUACAUAUUUGAACGAUUCUUGUUUUUGUAGAACAAUAUUUAUACUAGGGGUAUUCUCUUGCUCUUGCAAAACCCGGUGCACGGUGCAAGCAUUGCAAAUUUACAACGGCACAACAACAAACACACGCAGAAAAAUAUUUGCAAGGGCUGUGAAAUAUGUCAGACCAAAACCCGUGUAUAUUAGCGUGCAAUGUCACGCAAAAAUAAAAUUGCAACCCUGUUGUAGUUGCCAUUUUACAUAAAGACAUAUUACGUCGUUAAAUUGUUAAGAAAGUUUUUUUGUUAAAAAUGCAUGCAGAAGGUGCUCUAAUUCACAAUAGCCAUGCACAAUAGUCAUUUACAAUAAAUUGACUGAAUCAGUCGCUCAUAUAUCACUAGAUUCUGCAAUGGGUGCUCUCGUGCCCUUGUAUAUUUCGGUGUAGUAUUUUUGCAAUCUGCAAUCUUGCAAGAGCAAGAGAAUACCCCUACUUUUUGCGGGUGACAUAUUUACAUGUGUACACAUAUUUGUAUGUUGGUUGUGUAUACAUACAUACAUGUGUGUACGUAAAUAUAGAGAAGCGCGCGCUUUUUUAUAUUACUGUACUUGCAUACAUAUCUGCAGAAUAGAUGCGUAUGAAAGUUUUAAAUGAUAAGAGGUGUGAUUACAUAUAUUAUUAUUGUAAUAUACAAUAAUAUAUCACAUAUAUAGCAUAUAUAACGGGUGAUUUUUUUGAGGUUUGGAUUUUCAUGCAUUAGUAUUUGACAGAUCACGUGGGAUUUCAGACAUGGUGUCAAAGAGAAAGAUGCUCAGUAUGCUUUGACAUUUCAUCAUGAAUAGACUUACUAACGAGCAACGCUUGCAAAUCAUUGAAUUUUAUUACCAAAAUCAGUGUUCGGUUUUUUUUUUUUUUUCGGACAAAUUUUGUUCAGCGAUGAGGCUCAUUUCUGGUUGAAUGGCUACGUAAAUAAGCAAAAUUGCCGCAUUUGGGGUGAAGAGCAACCAGAAGCCGUUCAAGAACUGCCCAUGCAUCCCGAAAAAUGCACUGUUUGGUGUGGUUUGUACGCUGGUGGAAUCAUUGGACCGUAUUUUUUCAAAGAUGCUGUUGGACGCAACGUUACGGUGAAUGGCGAUCGCUAUCGUUCGAUGCUAACAAACUUUUUGUUGCCAAAAAUGGAAGAACUGAACUUGGUUGACAUGUGGUUUCAACAAGAUGGCACUACAUGCCACACAGCUCGCGAUUCUAUGGCCAUUUUGAGGGAAAACUUCGGACAACAAUUCAUCUCAAGAAAUGGACCCGUAAGUUGGCCACCAAGAUCAUGCGAUUUAACGCCUUUAGACUAUUUUUUGUGGGGCUACGUCAAGUCUAAAGUCUACAGAAAUAAGCCAGCAACUAUUCCAGCUUUGGAAGACAACAUUUCCGAAGAAAUUCGGGCUAUUCCGGCCGAAAUGCUCGAAAAAGUUGCCCAAAAUUGAACUUUCCGAAUGGACCACCUAAGACGCAGCCGCGGUCAACAUUUAAAUGAAAAUAUCUUCAAAGAGUAAAUGUCAUGAACCAAUCUAACGUUUCAAAUAAAGAACCGAUGAGAUUUUGCAAAUUUUAUGCGUUUUUUUUUUUUUAAAGUUAUCAAGCUCUUAAAAAAUCACCCUUUACUAUGUACAUGAAUAUGAAAUUAUAUUAUAUUAUCAAAGAUAAGAAAUAUUUAAAAAUUAACUGUUAUUCACACAUUAAAUACAAAUAUGACCUUGAAAUAGCAUAAUUUCAUUACAAUAUUAUCAAUUUUGCAUGAAUUCACAAAAAUUCGCAAAAUGAUAUUCAUAUCAAUUGAUAUGAUUGCAUGUAAACCUAUAAAAAUAUAAGCAAAAGAGCAACACAGAUACGUCUGUAAUAGCAAUGUAUAUUUCUGAGCAUAAUUUUCAUUGAAUGCUCAGUUCUGUUCGCUCAGCACUGUUAACCUUUCCCCUUCUCAGCCAAAAGUGGUGAAAUCCACUUAUAGGAUUUUGUUAGCUCUUGACAGUUCACACGCUUGUCCGCAAUUGGACCUUCUCUAUAUUAUACGUUCUCUGAUGUUGCUCCAAAAAAACUUUUACUUCUUCUUUUAAUUCAAUAAGCCUUUUUGACAGCCAUCGCACCUCACAGUGUAAAAGAAGAUGUUCGUGAUCACUUCUCAUUUCUUUGCACAAAACAGAGAACAAUCUUGAGUUAAGUGGGCGAGAUUUUAUGAAGUUAAUGAACUUUACACACUCUUGCAUCGUUGCUAAGGGUAAGGGCAUUUUUUUGACGGUAGAAUGACGUAAUUUCACAUGGCUUUCAUUUGAUACAAGAUCACGCAUAUGUGACUCAGAGAAUGCUUUUUUACAUUCUCUGUAUGACUUUGUAUAUGUAUUUUUCUUCAAAGCAUUUCUCUUUAUUCAUUCUCGCAUGAAUUCAGUCGUUUUACAUAUAUUUCUGUCUUUGAACGUGCUCAUUUCUGCUAAAUAGCAGCGAGAAUGGUGAAUUCCGGCAUUUGAGAUCCUGCAUACUGCUUUGCCUUUAAAUACAAAUAUGACCUUGAAAUAGCAUAAUUUCAUUACAAUAUUAUCAAUUUUGCAUGAAUUCACAAAAAUUCGCAAAAUGAUAUUCAUAUCAAUUGAUAUGAUUGCAUGUAAACCUAUAAAAAUAUAAGCAAAAGAGCAACACAGAUACGUCUGUAAUAGCAAUGUAUAUUUCUGAGCAUAAUUUUCAUUGAAUGCUCAGUUCUGUUCGCUCAGCACUGUUAACCUUUCCCCUUCUCAGCCAAAAGUGGUGAAAUCCACUUAUAGGAUUUUGUUAGCUCUUGACAGUUCACACGCUUGUCCGCAAUUGGACCUUCUCUAUAUUAUACGUUCUCUGAUGUUGCUCCAAAAAAACUUUUACUUCUUCUUUUAAUUCAAUAAGCCUUUUUGACAGCCAUCGCACCUCACAGUGUAAAAGAAGAUGUUCGUGAUCACUUCUCAUUUCUUUGCACAAAACAGAGAACAAUCUUGAGUUAAGUGGGCGAGAUUUUAUGAAGUUAAUGAACUUUACACACUCUUGCAUCGUUGCUCUCAAGGGUAAGGGCAUUUUUUUGACGGCAGAAUGACGUAAUUUCACAUGGCUUUCAUUUGAUACAAGAUCACGCAUAUGUGACUCAGAGAAUGCUUUUUUACAUUCUCUGUAUGACUUUGUAUAUGUAUUUUUCUUCAAAGCAUUUCUCUUUAUUCAUUCUCGCAUGAAUUCAGUCGUUUUACAUAUAUUUCUGUCUUUGAACGUGCUCAUUUCUGCUAAAUAGCAGCGAGAAUGGUGAAUUCCGGCAUUUGGGAUCCUGCAUACUGCUUUGCCUGUGCCAUGGAUAAAUUGAUCCGAAACUCCUCUCUUCGCUUUCUGAGAGAGCCCAUGAUCUCACGGCUUGGUAUGACAAUACUGAAAGUUCAUGGGCUACGAAUCAGGUGACAAGCAAAACAAUGAACUGCCAGACAAAAUCCCGUUAAAAAUAACUGACAAAAUCAGUUCGUUAUUUUUCAUUGUGGAGUACAUAAGUAAUUGUGUUGUGAAAAUAUAGUGUUUAGGUUUUUUUUUAUUAAAAAUACAGUGUAUAAGUGUUUUUACUAAAAAUAAAGUUGGUAAGUGUAUUAUUAAAGCUAUUGUAAAUACAUGUAUAUAAAUAUAUUAUGGUGAUGUUCGAGCAAGCAAAUAACUGCGGCAAUAUUGCAACCCUGAUGUUUUUUUGCAGAUGCUCAGCUGAUACUUAUGCAUAUAUUUUGCAAAUAUUUUGCGCGGCAUGCAAUUGAUAGCAUGGUGGAGAGUGAGAGUGCUUUACUUUUGAAAUACAAACAAAAAAGGAAAGAAAGUUUUGCGCGUAAAAAGAAAUGGCUUUUGCCUGAAAUUUUAAAAAAGAGGACGAUAGUGAAAUCGCAAAACUUCUUCAAGACAAUUUCAUUUUAUCCUCCGGACAUAUAUUUGUCACAUUUUCGGAUGUCUCGUGAAACAUUUGCGGAAUUAAAGAGCGCCUUGGAGCCUUUUUGGAUAACGUCACGAGGGGAAUAUUCAAUGGAUCAGGCCUUGCAUAUUACCUUGUGGAAGCUUAGUAACAGCAGAGUCACUUAUCGUGAAUUAUCAGAUAAAUUUGAUGUUUCAAAAGGGAGUGCCCACAAAAUUUUUCUUAAAACGAUCAAUGCAAUUUGUAAGUUGAAGCAUGAAAUAUGUUGGCCAUCAAUUUCCCAACAGCAAACAAUAAUGGAGCGUUUCCAAGCGAGCUGGCCGAAUGCAUUUCCUUUCGUAGUCGGCUGUUUGGAUGGGACACAUUUUAAAAUAAACACACCGAAGAAGGAUGCAAUUAGCUACUAUGACCGAAAGGGGAACUAUUCCAUUAUUAUGCAGGGCAUAUGCGACAGCAUAUUUCGUUUCUUGGAUGUUUUUAUCGGCUACCCAGGGAGCUGCCAUGACUCCAACGUAUGGAAAAAUAGUCCGAUAUACAAAGGAAUUACGUCUGGAGACAUACAACUUGCAAAAGAUGCUAUAAUUUUAGCUGACUCAGCUUAUCCUCUUUCAAAAUAUUUGAUCGCGCCUUAUAGAGAUAAUGGACAUCUGUUGAGAGAGGAGAAACAAUUUAAUUAUUAUUUAAGUUCAACUGGGGUAUUCAUUGAACAAGCUUUUGGGAUUUUGAGGGGAAAGUUCAAAAUUUUAAAUCAUAAUGAUAUUCAAAAUAUGGAAGAGGUAUCAAAAGUAGUAUUAGCUUGUGUAAUUUUUCAUAAUUUAAUAAUGCGGAACAAUUUUAAUGAUUCUGAAAUCAAUUAUCCAUUGGAAAAUUUCGAAAUAUUUAAUGAAAACGAUGCUGAAAUGCAUGAAAACAUAAAUGAUACUAACGAAGGUAUUAUCAAAAGAAAUAAUUUAAAAAUGUUGUUUGUUUCUUAAAUUUUUUAUUUUUUAAAUAAAAAUGUUAGUAAAUAAAUAUAUGUA